CGGACUUUGGUUGCAGUCUUUACGCGUCUGUUGGCUGAGCCACACAGUUCCUCAACGGCUUAGCAGUCGAAGCGCGUGCGUCUUACAAUUGUACUCGGUUUGAAUGCGGUUUUUUUUUCUUUACAUCAUUAGUUGUGGUAGUUCUUUUGCAGAGGUACUUGCGGUCGUGAAUUUACGUAAUUGGUACCGAGAGGUUCGUGUUUGUACUUCUGGCUUAGAGCGACGUCGUUCAACUAGUGCAUCUUUGGGCAUUGUUUCGGGGGUUGAUAUUAUAGAUUUGCCGUGUGCAACUUCAAAGCUGUGAACAAGAUGCUUCACGGCCAGAACACAACAUUGAGCAGUGCAACCGUUAUCUUCUGAAAUUUCCGCUCACUUUCUGAAUCUUCCCCUUCAAUGCUGAUGGGGUGUAGAAGGUAGUCUCAGCACUAGUGUACAUAGUGAAUCAAGCAACGAUAGCCAAUAAAUAGUGCCAAAAUGACAACCUUAUCACAUCCCUAUAAAGACUGUCCGGGACCGAAGGAGGUGCCCACUGAAUACGUUAAAGACGUGGAAAUAUUAUAUGAAUGGAUCAAACAGCAACCCCGGUUUCCAGCGUUCACGAAAAACCACGCUCAUCUCUUUCUGCAUGCGUGCCUGUGGAAUUUGGAGGAUGCGAAAAAGGCACUGUAUAAGUACGCCCACAUCCACGCGACGUCGCCGGAUAUUUUCGACAAUCGGGAUGUGCUCUCGACUGGGGUGCAGUUAGUGCUGAACAUGACCCACAUGGUUUCACUACCAAAGCUGACACCGGAAGGAUAUCGAUUACUGUGUUACCGUUUGUCUGACACGGAUCCAUCGAGGAUGAACUUUGGCGAGGCAGUAAAGACAUUCUGCAUGUUUAACGAUGUCCAGAUUAGCAAGGACGGUCCCAUCGAGGGAUAUAUUGUUAUUUUCGACAUGAAAGGCGUCCGGUUGGGUCAUCUGGCGCGGGUACAAUUCGGUCCACUGAGGACAUUCAUGAGUUACAUUCAGGAUGCACAUCCCGUUCGACUGAAAAAAAUCUACAUCGUCCACACGGCUUCAUUCAUCAACCAGGUGAUGGCUCUGGUGAAACCGCUGAUUAAAUCGGAACUGCUCGGAUUGCUACAGUUUUCCACAUCCGGGCCCAUUGACAUACUGGGAGCUGAUCUGUUGCCAAAGGACUAUGGCGGCCCAUUUCCAGAUUUGGCAACGCUGCACACGGAACAGAAGAAAGAAAUUGAAUCCAACUACCGUGAGUGGUUGAUAGAUACAGCUGCGUUAAAGGAGGCUCCCAAGGAUAACAAGGGCAACUCGAUAAAACCACCGACCAAGGCAUUCCGCGGAUUGGAGAUUGACUAACACCGUAGCGAUUAAUUAGAGGAUAACAUAUGUACCGUGACUUCACAUAACAUAUUACACACCCAUAUGGCAAGACAGGAGAGGACAUCGUUUUAAACAGCGUGCGAUAGAUUAUGGAAAUGUUUUGGUUGAGGAACUUUUAAGAAAUUUUUAGUCAUAUAGCGUGUCAGAACAACUGUUGAUUUGUAACAUAUGAGAAAUAUAAAUGUUUACCAUGUCA